UUGCUUCUAUGUCUUCAUUUUUCUGGAGUUCCGCUUCAUUGUGACCCGAAAAGGCUCGUUCUAGCAAGGCUCGUGCUCUGGCAACGCAGAGCAACGCAAAGCAAAGCAAAAGCAAAACGCAACACCAUGGUGACCACUAUGGACGAUUCUGAACUUUCCAUGGACGACGGUCCUCAAGAGCAAGAUCAAGAUCAGGUAGACUUACUAGCACCCAAACGAAGUAUGGGUAUCAGCGAUCUGGUCAACUUUGGCAUGACCAAUAUCAACACGAGCAGCGGCGGGACUGCUCCUGCUACCCCUUCUUCUACUACGAGCAGCUCGGACUCGUUGCGCCUGAAAAGCCGUGUCGGGCCGUUCUUGGUGGUAGUCUUUCUUGUCCUCUGCUUUUCAGUAGCUUUCCUUAGCUUGGAUUGGGAUGACCAGCACUUUCACGAAGCCUUUGCUCAGGACGCCCACAAGCUUCUAGCUCACAUCAGACAACAAGGCAGCAACAACCUCGAAGCCAUGGCGGCAUUGGGGUCUUUGGCAAGCGUGACUGCGUCCGCGACUCAACUUAUAGGACCCGCGAUGGAUCCAUCCACUCCCACGAGCUGGCCGUUCCUCACCAUUCCUCACUUCGAAAGCCAAGCUGCCCACUCCUUGGCCAUCAUGAAAACCUCUCAAGUCUUCAUCAGUCCUUUGGUAGACAACCAACAAGAACGCCUUGAAUGGGAGACAUAUUCCAGUGAACAUGCUCAGUACUGGAGCGAUACUAGAAUUGCUCCUGUGAUCUUCAAGAUUCAGGCGAAUGGCACCAAGGUGCCGGAAGAUGGCCCGGGACCCUUCCAACCGGUCUGGCAGAUUGCUCCUUCUGCCAAUGCCGCUCACGACGCAAACUUUAAUCUAGCCUCCAUGCCUUCCAUUUCCAGUGCCCUACAAGCCGUCUACAAGACCCAGAAAGCCGUUCUUACCGGGCCUCUCCCGGGCAGCGAUGACGAACAGAACAUGAUGAACCAUUUAGACAUCUUUUCCGUGCAAGGACAACAAGACGGGGAACCCAUCAGCCUCAUGAUCCUUCCAAUCUUUGAUGAUGACAGUGACAACGACGAACAAGAUCAUACCGUGGUGGCAGUGCUCGUGGCUCCCUUUCUCUUCCAAUCCUUCCUUCUCAAUGCCCUGGGAGUACACGUGCCGGGACGAGUCAUGGUGGUGCUCCACUCCUGCAACCAGACCCAUUCGUAUCACCUACAUCAAAACAACACGGUGCAGUACAUCGGACAAGGGGACCAACAUCAUCCAUUUUAUUCGGAUCUGAAACAAUCCAACAGCUUCCCCACUGGAGUCGCACAAUCUUCCGAUGGCAUUGCCUUUACCCAAGACUACGCGUGUGGCCAAUACCAGCUCGAUGUCUACCCAACUGCAGUCUACCAGAACCAUACGUCCACCAAUGGGCCCGUCAUCAGCACUGUCUUUAUUGUGGUUCUCUGUGUAUGCCUAUUCCUGUCCUUUCUCCUUGUGGGAGGCAGGAUCCACGAUCAGAUGGAACAAGUUACUAAAAAAGCACAAGAAGCAUCCAAUCUUGUCGACACGCUCUUCCCCAAGGAUAUUCAGGACAGAUUGUUUCAGGUAGUCAAUCACAGCGACAGUCGGCAAUCAUCAUUGCAGAACAACAACAACGCUCAGAACAAGAAGAAGAAGAAGACCAAAAAGACAUGCAAUAUCGAUUUGGAUGAUGAUCCCUUAUCCAAGCUCAAAGAACUACUCGGCGACUCGGAUGGCAUGGACCCUGCCUUUGGCGCGGAUGUACCCAUUGCAGACUUGUUUGUCAAUUGCACUGUCCUAUUUGCCGACAUUCAAGGCUUUACUGCGUGGUCAGGUUGCAGAGAACCCGUGCAAGUAUUUACGCUGUUGGAAUGUUUGUUCAGCGCCUUUGAUGAAUGUGCCAAGCGGCGUCAUGUUUUCAAGGUUGAAACAAUAGGAGAUUCCUAUGUGGCCGUUUGUGGGCUGCCAACACCCAACAAGGACCACGCGAUUUGCGCAGUGAAGUUUGCUGCAGAUUGCAUUCAAAUGAUGUCGAGUAAGACCAGAGAGCUCGAGCCAAAUCUUGGUCCCGAUACAGGCGAUCUGAAAAUUCGCAUAGGCCUUAACUCUGGACCUGUAACGGCCGGAGUGUUACGUGGCGAAAGGGGUCGCUUCCAGCUCUUUGGUGAUACAGUCAACACUGCCGCUAGAAUGGAAUCCAAUGGGGUCGCAAAUCGAAUUCAUGUGUCACAAGAGACAGCAGAUUGUUUGACUCAGGCAGGUAAAGACCAUUGGCUCACGCAGCGGAAGGACAGAGUCACCGCCAAAGGCAAGGGCGAAAUGAUUACGUACUUUGUGGACCCUUCGAACCGUCAGCAAGGAGUUUCUGCGACAAAUUGUAGCAAUGAAAGUUCAUCCUCGUCUUUGAAAGAGGACGAACACGUGGAAACAAAGAGACUCGACACUCCAGACGACAAAACACAACGACUCAUCGACUGGAACACCGAAGUCUUCGCAAGGCUCUUGAGGGAAAUUGUGGCGCAUCGCGAAGCCAAUCAGUCGGUCCGAUCAUCGACAUCGAGGACGUCCCUUACCACGGCCACCAGUGGCUUCAGAUCAUCAUUCAACAAGGAAGAGAGGCACACGAACGGAGGAGGGACGUUGCUGGACGAGGUGAUGGAUAUUUUGGAGGUUUCUUCACCUGUCCCAAGCUCAGAGCCGGCCCCAAUUGAUAGGAUUAACCGGCCCUUGGAUCCUGUGGUUAUGGACCAACUACGAGAGUUCAUCAGGCGCAUCUCCGAUCUGUACCAUUUCAAGAAUCCGUUUCACAAUUUUGACCAUGCGUCGCAUGUGACGAUGAAUUGUACGAAAGUGCUCUCACGAAUCGUGACGAACGACAAGUCUCAUCACGGCGACGACUCUGUGGAAGACCUCACCUAUGGGCUUACAAACAACCCCUUAACGAGGUUUGCCAUUUGCUUUGGCGCUCUUAUCCACGACGCGGACCACCCGGGAGUUACGAACAACCAACUCAUCUUGGAAGGCUCACCAUUGGCUGUCAAAUACAAGAACAGGAGUGUUGCAGAGCAACACUCGCUGGAACUCAGUUUGGAUCUCCUUCUGGAGGAAGAAUUCGCAGACCUGUACAGCGAAAUCUGUGCAACCGAGAAGGACCGGCGGCACUUUCGGGCGCUUGUCGUCAACACUGUCAUGGCUACCGAUAUCAUGGAUAAGGAACUCAAGGAGCAGCGCAACUCUCGAUGGGAAAGGGCAUUCCAGGGAGAGGGUGACGCAUGUGGCGAUGAGAUUGAGAGACAGAAUGCGAGAUCCACAGUCGUCAUUGAGCACCUAAUUCAAGCCAGUGAUGUCAGUCACACCAUGCAGCACUGGCAUGUCUUUCGAAAAUGGAAUCAGUGCCUCUUUGAAGAGAUGUACAAAGCAUACAAAGAAGGAAGAGCACAGAACGAUCCCUCCGUCUUUUGGUACGAGGGCGAACUAGGGUUCUUUGACUACUAUAUCAUCCCGCUAGCUAAAAAGCUGAGCGACUGUGGGGUUUUUGGAGUAUCGUCCGAUGAGUUCCUGAACUAUGCAUUGGCCAACCGGAAAGAAUGGCAGCAAAAAGGGAGAGAUGUUGUCAAAGAGAUGAUGAGGAACAUUCAGGACGCCGAGGAUUGCCGGGUCAAGGAGGUAGAAGUGUAGCAGAAAAGCGAUUCGACGCUGAAGUAGUGCACCUUCUUCGAGGGGAGUGUCUGGCUACGAGAAAGCUAGAACUUGUAUCUAUAUGCUGAUUUGAACAUAAAUGUAUACUCACUUAUCACUGGUUAAACUAAAAGACUACAGAAACAAACCAGAAGCCGGUUGAAUCAUGAGUCUUGCAACUU